GAACUUCCUUUUCUGCUUUCGAAAGUAAGGAAGUGGUCUAGCCGAUUACUCAAAGAGCGAGGAUCAGAAAUAGUUCGACGAGGGGAACUCUUCUAAGAAGUGCUACCUUUAUAUAAUCACCCUUGAUCUUGCUGAAUUUUUCUUAAAAAAUUAAAAAUGGCUGGUGUCAGCAGCUGCAUGAAGUACUCCAUGUUCAUCUUCAACUUUUUGUUCUGGAUGUGUGGAUGUGCUAUUCUAGCAGCCUCUAUUUACAUGCGUGUGAACAAAGAUGCUCAAGAAUCAUUCAACAAAGGCAGUGGCAUGUUUGCCGGGAUUGACCUCCUCAUUGCCGUGGGUGCUAUCAUCAUGGUGAUGGGUUUCCUGGGCUGCUGUGGUGCCAUGAAGGAAAGCCAAUGCAUGCUCCUCCUGUUUUUCAUUGGACUACUAAUAAUCCUGCUUCUUCAAAUCGUAGCUGGUAUUUUGGGAGGAGUGUAUAAAUCUAAGGUCGAAGAAGUUGUUAACAAGACCUUAACCGAGGAGGUUCAAAUGUUGCAGGAUACUACAGGCAAGAAUCAAGACUUCCAGGCUGGUUUUCACAAAUUUGAGCAAGCGAACAAAUGCUGUGGUUUGCUUAAGGGAGAGAGUGACUGGGGAAAGGCACAGUCCACAUAUAAUGGCUGUCAAUGUGACACUAAAGACGUAGGGACAUCAGUUUGCAAAGGAGGAAAGUAUACAACGUCUUGCAGAGAAGUAAUCAUGGAGUUCUUCAAGAAUAACAUGGUUAUCGUUAUGGGGAUAGCAUUUGGGCUGGCAUUCAUUGAGGUUCUUGGUCUGGUGUUUUCAAUGAGCCUUUACUGCCAAAUCCAGAGAAAAUGAAACCAUGGAAGUGUCAGAAAUAUGCCACCAGCCAAAUGAGAAACCUUUGUAGAUUGAGAGAUGGAUGUUUGGUUUGGCACCCGCAAAUAAAUGCCAGAAGCAGCUGUGAUGAUAACAGCCGAAGCACCAAUGGAUAGAUACUCUUCAUGACUUAUGAAAUAAAAUCUGUUUAAAAUUAGAGAAACUAA